AUGCCCCGCCCUGCCGACAGCCCCGACGUUGCAGCGUCCAAGACGCUGUCUUACAUCCUUCGCCACGGUGCGGAAAAGGAGGGCCUCCACAUUCGAUCAGAUGGCCUGGUCCGUCUGGAUGAUGUCAUUGCUCGCCCGAAACUCAAAAACCUCAAGAUUGACACCGAGGCCGUGUUCCGCCUCGUUGACGAGAACGCCAAGAAGCGUUUCGAGCUUGUGUUCGGGUACGACCCUAGUGCCCCCAAGCCGAAGAAGAAGCACGUUCAACCUGCGCGCAAGAAGCGUCCCCCGCCCCCUGGGUACGGGCCAAAGGCGACGCCUGACUCGGGGACACCCGACUCAGGGAGUGCAACACCUGUCGACGACGUGACUGUGGGGGUCUCGGAGGAGAAGAAGGAGGAGGAAGAAUGGACAGAGAGAGCGUUCGUCAACCUCCCGCCUCCGGAGAGCUCUUUCGACUGCCCCGAGGGUGGCGGCGUGGCCGACUCUGACACUGGACACACUGGUCAUUGGUACAUUCGCGCUGUGCAAGGGCACAGCAUCAAGCUGGAAGGAACUGGGCACCUUGAGUCUCUGCGUGCGGAUGUGGAGGGGAAGGAGCGGGCAGGGGCUAUGGUCCAUGGCACACGGUGGGAGUUGUGGGAGGCGCUCAUGGACAAGGGCCUCUCGCGCAUGAACCGGCAGCAUGUUCACCUCGCGCCCGCGCUCACUGGACCCAUAACACCGCGCAACAACUCGACUCUUCUCAUCUUCCUCGACCUCCCGAAACUCCUUGCGUCAAACAUUCCCGUUUACGCGGCCGCGAACGGUGUCAUCCUGACCCCGGGCGACGAGCACGGUGUCGUACACAAGGAGUUCUGGCGCAAGGCUGUACACGUUUCCAAGGGAACACGCAGGGUGGUGUGGGAGAAUGGGGUGGCGGCCGACCGCAUCGAGGGUGAAGAUGAAGAGGCGUAA